AUGAUUAUCGGGAUCACAAUAGCUGCGGUUGCAGCAGCAGCUACCGUAGCUUAUAAUGUAUGCUUCUCUAUCGCCGAAAGAGAGAAACAGGAAGAACUGAAGCUAGCAAUUGAUGAGGCACAGUCAGCCAUAGACAGCGCUAACGACUUGCAUCAGAAUGUCUAUAAAGUCGUCAACUCUAGCCUCGAACUCCUUAAACAGAGCAUGACCAGAAUGCCAAUUGAUGUUGUUAAAAAACUGAACCAAGUUUUGAACCUAAACGUAAAUGAUCCUGAUAAGGCCGUGCGGUAUGCAGGCUGGGCCCUUGGGGGAACAUCAGCACUGGUGAGUGUUGCUGACCUUGUCUCUAUUGGUCUCGUUUUUGCGAAGCUUGCGUUAGCAGACGGAGUUGUGGCUGGAAUUGGCACUGUUGCAAGUGGAGUUAUGCCUCUCGUUGCUGUAGCAGGAUUUGGCCUGACACUCUACGACAGUAUCACUAAGUUAGAAAAGCUAAAUGAAGCAAUUGAAGAGGUGAACAAGAAAAGGCAAGAUGCCGACCUUGCGGUGACGAAAAUGAAAGACUCUCUCGACCGUCUCCUUAAAUCGCUGGACUUGCAGGUGGGAAAGUAUCAGCAGCUAAAAGACAUAUCAGACGACUGGGUAAACCUUGCCAAGAAUUUCGACAAGCAUUCAACUGCCUUUUAUUUUGCAAUAAAGGCUUUUACACGGGGUAAAAGUCAGGCUCAAGUGCACGUUUUCUUAAGAAGCAGAGAUUUACCGGAUUUACAAGAUGACAUACUGUUACUGGCCAAGCUAAUCCAAGAAAACAUCGUAGACAUGAUGUGUCAAGGGAAAACCGACCAAGACGUAAUAAACUUUUAUGCAAAGGAAAACCCCCACGAAGGACUUCGCUUCGUAUUGGACCCUUACUUUGUAAGCACACUUCGAGAUUUAAUUAUCUGA